AUGCUUUCCUUGUGCUCUCGGUCUGUUCUCCGUGGCUGCCGGGCCGGUACCGGCCCUCUAACUACCCUUAGAGCCUGCAGCUCCCGCCCUCAGGCUAACCCACGGGUCUACAUGGAUCUGGUGGCUGACAACCAGCCUUUGGGACGAGUCGUCUUUGAGUUGAAAGCUGACGUGGUGCCAAAGACAGCAGAGAAUUUCCGUGCCCUCUGCACCGGCGAGAAGGGGUUCGGAUACAAAGGAUCCACGUUUCACCGAAUUAUCCCAGAUUUCAUGUGUCAGGGUGGAGAUUUUACGAACCACAAUGGUACCGGCGGGAAAUCAAUUUAUGGCAGUCGGUUUCCCGAUGAGAAUUUUAUACUAAAACACACCGGACCAGGAAUCCUUUCAAUGGCAAACGCAGGGCCGAACACGAACGGCUCCCAGUUCUUUAUCUGCACGGUGGAAACUGAAUGGCUGGACAACAAACACGUUGUUUUCGGUUACGUGAAAGACGGCUACGACGUGGUCGAAAAAAUGGAGCGUUUCGGUAGCAAAAAUGGACGGCCGACCAAGAAAGUCAUCGUCGCAGACUGCGGAGAGCUUUCUUGAUGUCUCUGUAAAUCUGGAGCCCCUCGUAGCUGUGAAUGAAAUGAAUAUCUGAACAUUUAAAACUACUCACUGUGGUCCAUGGACCACCCCGUAUCCAGGGGUAACAAUGCUUUUCUCUAAAAAAAAAAAAAAA